UUCCUGUUCAUUUGGAAGAAAACACGCAUAAGAACGAUCGUAAUGGCCAGCUCUAAAGAAUUUUCGGCACCUAACCCAGGCGGAGAACACGAUGUCAGACGAGCAGCUCCAAAACUUAGUUCAGAAGAAAUGCUGAUUUUGAAGGAGUGCAAUUGGGAGAGUCUGAUGUAUAGAUGUAUUCCACUGGGUGUCGUCUUCAUGGGCACCACACAGUUCCUUGUGAAAAUAGGCUAUCUAUCGGGACAUCCAAAAUAUGGAUCUCUUUUUAAAAACAUGGGGGCUCUGUUCAUCGGCUACCUGGCUGGCAAACUCUCGUACCAGUCGACCUGUCGGGAAAAGAUUCUCACUCGGAUUCCCAACAGCCGCCUCGCGCAAGCUCUGAGUGGAAAGAAAAACCCAGAACUGCUACAGUCGGAUUAUAGCUCUGUCUCAGAGGCAUAUGCAGAUGAUGCUUAUGUACGACAGAAACGAGAGCAAAACUACGACAUUGAUACGAACCGGUCUUCCAGUGAGAUUUCCAAGGGGCUGGAUGAUAACUUCAGGCCGACUAUAGAUAGGGAAGUACGAAACAAGCAAGUUGACGAAGAUCAGUCGUUUAAAUUAACAUCAUAUGAUGAACUCCGCCGGCAGAAUAGACAGGAGUAUGAGAAAUCCUCGUCUUUACCCGGACCCCUGGAGCCUGUGCCUAGACGUCGCCCUGAGCAAUCACCCUGGCUGUCCACUCAAAAAGCGACAAAGAAAAACCAGUAUGGAGAUGAAUGGGAUGAAUGAAAACCCUGCCGACUUGAAAUACGUCUUUACAUUUGUGCUUGUGUGCAAAUGCAGACUUAACAGUGAUGGUGCAUUCUGCCAGUGAUGUUGGUGAAUAAUCCACAGGACGAAAGUACCGUAUCAUUAAUAUUUGUUUUGUUUGAAAGCAAUUUGAACCUCUGUAUAAGAAGACCAUGUUGUGUGUGUACUAUAGUUCAGAGAUAAAAACUGGGCCAUCCAAUUGUUGUUGGCUUAUUGGAUUGGUAUUGACCGAAAAAACACUUCAACAGAUGUACAUAAUAAGACUUGAUAUGUUCCCAGUGAUCAAUAUGCUGAUCCUGGGAAACAACAUGAUUUAACAUUACUGUAUACUUAUGGGAGUGAUGAAUUAACCAUUGACAGUGUUACCAAUACAUUAUCUCAACGUUUUCUUCUCAAAGUGUCAGAUAUUUACUAUUGGAGUGGAGGUCACAAUUGAUGAAAAUCUAUUCCCUUUUUACUCCCAAAUAAUAAAAAAAAAAACAGUAUUGCAAAUAAACAUUUUAUGCUAUUAACUACAUAAUCUGUAUUUGAUGCCUUAAAAUUUGGAUGUGUUUAGUUUUUAUUUGCACAUAAAAUAAUCAUCACAAUGUCCUUUAUGGCUAACAUGUCGUGUAUUAUGCCAGGCAACAGAAAGACAAUCUCCAUCUGGCUGUCUGACCACAUCAGCAUUUCGUUAAAAUUCAUGUCUCACCACAUUUCCACUUCUCUUUUGGCCUGUGUUUACAGAGAUCAUUCUAGUUUAGGUUGUGUGUUUUUCUUGAAUUGUUUAAUAACAGACUUUCAUAUUUGGCAUGACUGUUCAGUAAGAGAUACUGGUACAUGUAGAAUUUGGUUUUUAACUGUGAAUAACUUAAAAAGACAUUCCUGGGUUUGCUGCAUUGCAAGAUGUUUCCAACUAAUAAAAUAUUUCUAUGAUUCAUCUUACAUAUUAAAUAUAUUUUCUGGUUUAGAAUAUCAGUGUCUGUAUAUUCAAUGUGUGUUUGGUCGUCUUAAUAUUUGUAAUUCUCUGUUAGUCGAUAACAUCUUAAAAAUUGCAGCAAACUUGGGAAUGUCCCUUUAAUGGAUGACUUUCAUGUUUGCUGUGGAUGUUCACACAGUCAGCCUUUCCUCUGCACACACAGUCCUGACCCACGAGGUCAAGGUCAUUUAUAUCUAGGACUUGGAUAAAAUUACUGAAAUUGCUUUUUAACAACAAUAAGAUAUUGUUUAAGAUAGCUUUUUCAUAUCUGGUAUGUUCUUUUAGCAGCAGGACAUGGUCUUUCUGCAGCUACUUUAACUUGUAAUCCUUUCCUAGAAUAGCUUUCAUAUAUGGUAUGAGUUAUCGGUAAACAUAAUCAGUUAGAGUGUCUUUCAGCUGCACACCAAAGGCCCAUGCAUCUUAUCUCAUUAAAAAGUCAGUAAUUUUGAACAUUCUUAGGUCUAUAAUUGCUUAUGACUUUUAUUAAAUACGUUCAAGGAUUGCAUAAAUAUUUGGUAUUCACCAAGUAAUAUUCUUUGAACUACACAUAUAUGUGAUACAAGAGCAAAGUGGAAAUUUGUUGACAAAUAUAAUGUAAAAGAAAAUUGUUUUAAAACAGUUUUAAGCUACUAAGAAAACAUUGUAAUCACAUUGUAUACUCUAAAUGAAAUGGGAUUGUAGAAUGUUAAACGAAGUUUAAAAUAAUAAAAUAAUAAAAACGUCUAGCAAUUAUGUGGCUUGAUUUAGGUUUUCUCUAUUCAGUAUGCGACAUGCAAUCCCUCAUGGCUUUGCCAUUCUCAUUUGUUAUUUGCCCAUAUUCACAUUACUGAAUUUAAAAUGUUAAAUAUCAGCUGGCUCUUUCUAAAAACUUGGAAAAUUUGUUUUUAUCUGAACAGUUGCCCUUGUUGUGCAGGUCUCAGAAUUUCAACUUUUUAUGGAAAACAGUUUUUCAGUUCCAUAAUCUUUUAUCAUUGGAAUCCAUUGAAAAGUGGGGGUUUUCAGUAAUAAUGGUAUUAGUGGGUUAUGUAACGUCAUAAUAAUGGGCAACAGACUUUUCGGUUUUAUGGUUUUGCAAAUACACUACUGACGAUGUUUUCCAUGAUGCUUGUGGUGAAUGAAGAUUUACUUUAUGUUAGUCUUACAUUCUGUGUUUUGUAACAGUUUACAUGUAGGUAUGUAUGAAUGAGUCUAGCCUGCAAGGUUACACUGUGUAUAUUAAAGCUGGUUUUUUAGGCUUCUUUGAAAGAAGAGAUAAGCAUGUUUAUUAUAUGUAAUCAUUGUUGGUGUUAAAUAAACUUGAAGAAAGAAAA